AUGACAUAUGAUUAUGGGUAUCCUCAGAUUGCAAGGCGAAAAAAGCUUCCGGAUCCUGUUGAGAAGGAGAAGGGCGUUAGUCUUUGGUCAAUGAUCAAAGACAAUGUGGGCAAAGAUCUCACCCGUGUUUGCCUUCCUGUAUACUUUAAUGAGCCAAUCUCAUCCCUUCAGAAAUGUUUUGAGGAUUUGGAGUAUUCUUAUCUUCUGGAUAGAGCUUAUGAGCACGGAAAAUCGGGAAACAGCCUCCUUCGGGCACUGAAUGUUGCCGCCUUCGCUGUUUCUGGAUAUGCAUCGUCUGAAGGUCGACUUUGUAAGCCUUUUAAUCCCUUGUUAGGGGAAACUUACGAAGCUGAUUUUCCUGACAAAGGAGUUCGCUUCUUUUCUGAGAAGGUUAGUCACCAUCCAACUGUGGUUGCCUGCCAUUGUGAAGGUAGAGGAUGGAGGUUUUGGGCAGACAGUAACAUUCAUUCGAAGUUUUGGGGAAGGUCAAUUCAGCUUGACCCUGUUGGAGUUCUGACCCUUGAAUUUGAUGAUGGUGAAAUAUUUCAGUGGAGCAAGGUUACUACUACAAUUUAUAAUCUUAUCCUUGGCAAAUUAUAUUGUGGUCAUCAUGGGAAUAUGGAAAUCCGUGGUAAUCGCCAAUAUUCAUGCAGGCUCAAGUUCAAAGAGCAGACCAUUCUUGACCGAAAUCCUCGCCAGGUAAAUGGAUUUGUUGAAGAUACAAUGGGUAAAAAAGCAGCCACAAUAUUUGGCAAGUGGGAUGACAGCAUUUACUAUUUUGAUGGUGAUGUGAAUGUCAAGCCUAAAGAUUAUACUUCAUCCAGGGGAGCAUUGUUGUGGAAAAGGACUAAGCCACCACAAAAUCUCACUCGUUACAAUUUGACAUCAUUUGCCAUAACACUGAAUGAGCUUACACCAGGACUAAAGGAGAAGCUUCCGCCCACGGAUUCCAGGCUGAGACCUGAUCAGCGGCACUUAGAGAAUGGGGAAUAUGAGAAGGCUAAUAUGGAAAAACAAAGGUUGGAAAAGAGGCAGAGAAUGUCAAGGAAAAUGCAAGAGAAUGGUUGGGAGCCAAGGAACAUGGGAUGGAUGCCCAAACAUAUUUGGUGA